AUGGAGAAAGGCAGACUUCCUCAUUCAUGUUUCACGCUACUUCUUGUCCUGCUUUCUACCGAUGCUUCAGCCCCUACAGAACCCCAAUUUGUGGUGCUUGUCCCCUCCCUGUUGUACACUGGGAUCCCUGAGAAGGGCUGCCUCCUUCUGAGCUACCUGAAUGAGACAGUGACUGUAAGUGCUUCCUUGGAGUCCCUCGGGGGAAACCAGAGCCUCUUCACUGACCUGGUGGUGGAGAAGGACUUACUCCACUGCAUCUCCUUCACUCUCCCAAGGAUUUCGUCCUCUCCAGAGGUGGCAUUCCUUACUGUCCAGAUAAAGGGACCAACACAAGACUUUAGGAAGAAGAACACAGUGCUGGUAAAGAAUACUCAAAGUCUGGUCUUUGUCCAGACAGACAAACCCAUCUAUAAACCAGGACAGACAGUAAAAUUCCGUAUUGUCUCUGUGGAUGAGAAUUUUCACCCCUGAAUGAACUGGUAGAUUCCACUGGUAUACCUUGAGGUAAGACCCAAAAGAAAUCGAGUUGGACAAUGGCAGAGUCUCAGGUUGGAGAGUGGCCUCCAACAGCUGGCCUUUCCCCUCUCGUCUGAGCCCGUUCAGGGUUCUUACAAGGUGGUGGUACAGAAGGAAUUGGGCAAACGGAUAGAGCACCCCUUCACCGUAGAAGAAUUUGUGCUUCCCAAGUUUGAGGUCAAAGUUCAGGUACCAAAGAUAAUUAGUAUCCUGGAUGAAAAAGUGAAUGUAUCAGUAUGUGGAAUAUACACCUACGGGAAACCUGUCCCAGGACUUGCAACUGUAAGCAUGUGCAGAAAAUUAUUUCAUCCCACUUAUUGUGAGAAGCCAGAGUUCUGUGAGAAAUUCAGUCAACAGCUCAACAGCAAUGGCUGCAUCACCCAAGAAGUAAAAUCAAAUGUACUCCAGAUUAAAAAUAUGGGUUAUGAAAUGCAACUUAAAGUGGAAGCCAAGAUCAGAGAAGAGGGAACAGACUUAGUAUUUACUGGAAAUGGGACCAGUGAAAUCACAAACAUUGUAACCAGACUCAAGUUUGUGAAAGUGGAUUCACACUUUAGACGAGGAAUCCCCUUCUUUGGACAGGUGCUUCUGGUGGAUGGGAAAGAUGUGCCCAUCCCCAAUAAACUUGUCUCUAUCUCUGCAAAUGAAGCAAAUUAUCUUUACAAUGCAACUACCAAUGACCAGGGUCUUGUUCAGUUUUCAAUCAAUACUACUAAUAUUUUGACUAACAAAAUUUCUGUCAUGGCCUACCACAUGCAACCUGACUUGUGUUUUAACUCUGUAUGGCGACGAGAGGAACACCAGGCAGCUCAGCACAUUGCAAAGCAUGCUUUCUCCUUACAUGGGAAUUAUGUUCACCUGGAACCCAUGGCUGGUACCCUGCCCUGUGGCCAAACUCAGAUUAUCAAGGCAUACUAUAUACUCAAUGGGAAGGCCACUGGGGAGCCUAAGGAGCUCAUUUUUUAUUACCUGAUCAUGGCUAAGGGGAACAUCGUCAGAUCAGGGACACAUGUUGUGCCUAUACAGCUAAGAGACUUAAAAGGCAGUUUUUCCUUAUCCUUCCCUGUGGAGUCGGACAUUGCUCCCAUUGCUCGAUUGUUCAUCUUUACCAUUUUACCAGACGGAGAAGUUAUUGGAGAUUCAGAGAGCUUUGAGAUUGAAAAGUGCCUAGCCAACAAGGUGGACUUGAGCUUCCGCCCAGCACGAAGUCUCCCGGCCUCACACGCCCACCUGAGAGUUUCAGCUUCUUCAGUCCCCGUGCGCCCUCCUCAGUCCCCGUGCGCCCUCCGUGCGGUGGACCAAAGUGUGCUGCUUGCGAGGCCCGAGGCUGAACUGUCCACGGAUUCGGUAUAUAAUCUGCUAACUAUGAAGGAUCUUACUUAUUUCCCUGAAAAUAUGGACCAGCAAGAAGAAGAACAAGCAAGUUGUAGCCAUCCUUAUGUCAUUCAUAAAGGAGCCAUCUAUAUACCCUUACCAACUUAUGAUGAAGACUAUAUGUAUCACUUCUUAAAGGGUAUGGGAUUAAAGGUGUUCACCAACUCUAAAAUCCAAAAACCACAGUCAUGUUCAAUGAUCCACCCACCUGUAGGAAGAGAAGGGCAACCAUUGAUGGCAGCAGGUAUAGGAGCAAGUCCAUAUAUUCCUCAAUUUCACUCAUAUAAUAUCAUGUCCGCAAAUAAUAUGCAAAGUCCAGAGCCAAUCUCUAAAACAGUACGGACUUAUUCCCCUGAGACCUGGAUCUGGGAUUUGGUAGUGGUGGACUCCUCAGGGGUGGCCGAAGUGGGAGUAACAGUCCCUGAUACCAUCACGGAGUGGAAGGCAGGGGCCCUCUGCCUGUCCAAUGACACUGGACUUGGUCUCUCUCUUCCCGCCUCCCUCCGAGCCUUCCAGCCCUUCUUUGUGGAGCUCACAAUGCCCUACUCUGUGAUCCGAGGAGAGGCCUUCACACUCAAGGCCACCGUCCUCAACUACCUUCCCAAAUGUAUCCGGGUCAGUGUGGAACUGAAAGCUUCUCCAGUCUUACUACAAUCCCAAAAUGAGCAGGGAAAAGAAUCCUAUUGCAUCUGUGCAAAUGAGCGGCAAACCCUGUCUUGGACGGUAACUCCUAAAAUUCUGGGGAAUGUGAACUUCUCAGUGAGUGCAGAGGCAGUGCAAUCCCCAGAGCUAUGUGGAAAUGAGGUUGCUGAGGUCCCUGAGAUUGGGAGAAAAGACACAGUCAUCAAAAUCCUGUUGGUGGAGGCUGAAGGUAUUGAACAAGAAAAGACUUUCAACUCUAUGACUUGCACUUCUAGUACUGCAAUAUCUGAGCAGUUAUCCCUGAAGCUCCCACCAAAUGUGGUCAAAGAAUCUGCCAGAGCCUCUUCCUCAGUUUUGGGUGACAUACUAGGUUCUGCUAUGCAAAAUAUACAGAAUCUCCUCCAGAUGCCCUAUGGCUAUGGAGAACAAAACAUGCUCCUGUUUGCUCCUAACAUCUAUGUGAACUAUCUGAAUGAAACCCAACAGUUGACUCCAGAUAUCAAGUCCAAGGCCCUUGGCUAUCUUACCAGUGGUUACCAGAGACAGCUGAACUACAAACACCAAGAUGGUUCCUAUAGCACCUUCGGGGAACAGUAUGGAAGGAACCAAGGUAACACUCGGCUCACGGCCUUUGUACUGAAGACUUUUUCCCAGGCUCGAACCUACAUUUUUAUUGAUGAAGCACACAUCACCCAAGCCCUCACGUGGCUCUCCCAAAGGCAGAAGGACAAUGGCUGUUUCAGGAGCUCUGGGUCACUGCUCAACAAUGCCAUUAAGGGAGGAGUAGAAGAUGAAGUGACCCUGUCAGCCUACAUUACUAUUGCUCUUCUGGAGAUUCCUCUUCCAGUCACUCACCCUGUUAUUCGCAAUGCCCUGUUCUGCCUGGAGACUGCCUGGAACACAGCAAAGGAGGGGACACAUGGGAGCCAUAGCUACACCAAGGCAUUGUUGGCCUAUGCUUUUGCUCUAGUGGGAAACCAAGAUAAGAAAAGGGAAAUACUGAACUCUCUUGAUGAGGGAGCUGUGGAAGAAGAUAACUCAGUCCACUGGGAGCGACCUCAGAAACCCAGGGCACCAGUGGGGCAUUUUUACCAACCCCCGGCUCCCUCAGCUGAGGUGGAAAUGACAUCCUAUGUGCUCCUGGCUUACCUCACGGCCCAGCCUGCCCCGACCUCAGAGGAGCUGACUUCCGCCUCGCGCAUCGUGAAGUGGAUCACAAAGCAACAGAAUUCCCAGGGGGGCUUCUCCUCCACUCAAGACAGAGUGGUGGCUCUCCAGGCUUUAUCCAGAUAUGGAACAUCCACCUUCACCAGGACUGAGAAAACUGCCCAGGUGACCAUCCAGAAUUCACAGGCAUUUGUCACAAAUUUCCAAGUGGACGACAACAACCUCCUGUUGCCACAUCAGGUCUCAUUGCCAGAGCUGCCUGGGGAAUAUUCCAUAACAGUGACAGGAGACAGAUGUGUGUAUCUUCAGACAUCCAUGAAAUACAAUAUUCUUCCAGAGAAGGAGGACUCCCCAUUUGCCUUGAAAGUACAGACUGUACCCCAUACUUGUGAUGGACCCAAAGUUCACACCAACUUCCAGAUCUCACUGAAUGUCAGUUACACAGGGAGCUGUUCUGUCUCCAAUAUGGUGAUUGUUGAUGUGAAGAUGGUGUCUGGUUUUAUCCCCUUGAAACCAACAGUAAAAAUGCUUGAAAGAUCCAGCCAUGUGAGCAGGACAGAAGUAAGCAAUAACCAUGUCCUCAUUUAUGCGGAACAGGUAACAAAUCAGACACUCAGCUUUUCCUUCAUGGUUCUGCAAGACAUCCCAGUAAGAGACCUCAAGCCAGCGACCGUUAAAGUCUAUGAUUACUAUGAGACAGAUGAGUCGGCCAUUGCUGAGUACAUCACCCCCUGCGGCGUAGAAUCAAAGGCACAGUGUUUCAAAAUGGAAAAUUUAGAAGUCUUUAAAGAUGACCCAAAAGAUCUGAGUCCGAAUGAAUGUGAGAAUUUUGUCAGAAACAAGCGGUUUCUCAAUCACAGGGAUUAG